AUGGUUGCAGGCUUUUCAUUAGGCGGUGCUGUGAUGUUCUGGGCUGUGAGCAUGGCAGCAGACAUCGUUGGCAGGCGGAGAGUCAUGAUGAUCGGCGAUGUUAUCAUUAUUGCCACAUCCCUUGGACAGACAUUUUGUUAUAAUGCUCGGCUCUACAUAAUGACUCGAUUCCUGAUGGGGAUCGGUGCAAUCAUCAUACUGAGCUUGGGUCCUGUUCUCCUUACAGAGCUGGCUCAUCCACGGCAAAGAGGGGCCCUAGUUGCAACCUAUGCGUCCUUCUUCUAUGUUGGUGCCACAGCCUCAGCAUGGUUCACAUACGGAAGUCUUCACUUCAACAAUGAGUGGAGCUGGCGUCUGCCAGUGCUAAUACAGACUCUCCCACCGUUGCUUCAGCUGCCCUUGAUGCUUUUCGUGCCAGAAUCCCCGCGAUGGCUAAUGGCCCGCGGCAAGACAGACCAAGCCAAAACAACCCUGGCACGUUACCAUGCAAACGGACAUGAGUCCGAUGAGCUGGUGCAGAAAGAGUACGAGCAGAUUUCCUGCUCUCUUGAACUUGAGAAACACCAAAAGAAAGCUUCGUGGAUGGCAUUCCUCCAGACGACGGGAAACAGACGAAGGCUCUUCAUCGUGGUUGCGACAUCGCUCAUACAGCAGUGGAGCGGUUUUGGGAUUGUCACCUUCUACUUCGCCGCAGCUCUCAAGUCUGUCGGUAUCACCCAGCCUUUGCAGCAGGCCGGCAUCAACGGGGGACUGCAAACUUUCAACUUCUUCGUCGCGUUAAUCAGUGCAAAUAUGGUCGAUAGAGUCGGUCGGCGAAUGCUCUUCAUAUUCUCAACCACGACGAUGUUGCUGGCGAUGGUCGGUCUCACAGUCGCUACUGAGCAAUUCUCAGUCAACACUAGGCCCGGCGCCGGGUCCGCGGUGGUUGUCAUGUUCUUCAUCUUCCAACUGGGCUUCGAUAGCGGGUAUGCCCCCCUUGGACCACUCUACCCGGCGGAGAUAUGUCCCUACUAUUUAAGAGCCAAAGCGCUUGCUCUUCAUUACUUCAUUACGGGGAUAGGUGGAGCUGCUGGCCAGUUCGCAAACCCCGUUGCUAUGGCUGAUCUGGGCUGGAAGUACUACCUCGUUUACGUUUCCGUUCUUCUCGUUGGAUUAUUCGUGGCGUGGUUCUCGUUCCCGGAGACCAAGGGCCAUACUGUCGAGGAGAUUGCAACAAUCUUCGACAAGAACUGA